AUGCCGCCCGCGCGCCGCCGCCGCCGAACCGCCCCCGCCGCCGGAGACGACGACUCCGCCCCCACCUCCGCCGCCGACCUCCUCGCGCUCGCCAUCACCCUCCUCCCCGCCACCACCUCCACCUCCGCCGCCGCAUCUCUCAAAACCCCUCCCCACCUCAAGCACACGGUCCACUCCCUCCCGGACUCCCACCCGGUCCUCCUCGCCCUCCCGCAAACCCUAGCCCUCGCCAUCUCCUCCUCACCAGACCCCGCCGCCCCCGCCUCCCCCCGCGCCGCCGCGGCGGCCCUCCUCCUCCACCUCCUCCUCACCCACCCCACCCACGCCCCCCGCUGGGACGACCUCCUCCGCCCGCUGGCGCUCCUCCACGACCGCCUCACGCUCCUCGCCACCGCCAACCCGCCCCUCGCCGCGCUCGCCGCCUCCUGCUUCGAGCUCGCCUGGCGCGGGGCGGCGCCGGGCCGCGACGCGCUCGUCGCGCAGACCCUACCCUACCUCUUCUCCCACGCGCUCACCUCCGGCUCCAACGCCCGGCCGCUCCUCCGCCGCCUCUUCGCGCUCCGCGACGCGCUCCCGCUGCUCGACUACGCCGACGACAGCAUCUCCGACUUCAAGAUGCUCCUGCUGCGCUGCUUCGUGUCGCCGCACUUCCUCAAGGCCGAGGAAGGGCGGAAGCUGCUCGCGCUCCUGCUCGGGGUCAGCCAGGGCCUCGCCACCGAGGGGCUCCAGCUCGUCAGGGCGCAGGUCGGGAUGAUGCGGGGGAGGCGGGCCGCGGUCGUCGCAUACGGGGAGGUGGUGUUCAGGGCAUGGAAGGACGGGGCGUGGGUUAGGGGCGAGAUUGGGGAACAGUUCCUGCAGGGGAUGGUCGAGACGGCGGUGCAUGCCGCAAACAAGGACGUGGCCAAGGCUACCAGGAGGAUACUCUGGGCCUUCGUCGAGCAGAAGGCGGUGCCUGGGGUUGAAAAGCUCGUCUUCAGGCUCUGCGAGCCUGUGGUCUUCCGAUCAUUGCAGGUUGCGAACUCUAAUGUUCGCCUUAAUGCUUUACAUCUUCUAUUAGAUGUAUUUCCCCUUGAAGACCCAGAUGUGACAAAGGAUGUCAAUGAUCCUCUGUUAGAGAAGCAGUUCUACUUGCUAGACAAACUUCUCAUGGAUGACUGCCCAGAAAUACGUGCAGUUACAGUUGAAGGACUUUGCCGUAUUCUUAACCAGUUUUGGGAAGUUAUUCCAUCGCCAACUAUUUCAAAAAAAUUGAGUAAAAUUGUUGAUGAUAUGUCCAAAGAUUCUUGCAAUGAUGUCCGUCUAUCAACUCUCAAUGGCCUCAUAUACCUGCUUGACAAUCCACAAAGUCAUGACAUACUGAAAGUUCUACUUCCAAGAUUAAGCGAUAUGGUCUCUGAUCCUGCUUUAUCUGUCAGAGUUGCUGCUGUAGAUCUCCUUUUAGCUAUUCGUGAUCUUAGAUCUUUCCAGUACAAUAAGGUUGUUGGUUUGGACACUUUAUUAUCUUCACUUGCAGACGACCACCCUCGUGUUGCUCAGAAAAUCACAAAGCUUCUCAUUCCUUCUUACUUUCCAUCUAAGUUGUCUCUGAAAGAAGCAUGUGCUCGCUGCAUUGCACUCAUAAAGAGAUCGCCGGCAGCUGGGGCAAGGUUUUGUGAAUUCGCUCUGUCUGAAGGAUCAUCCUCACGAUCUCUUGUUGAGUUUAUUAAACUCGCUGUUACUCUGGCAUUGUCACCAUCAGGAUUGAAGUCAGAGCAGACUGACGGUCUUAUAAUUGCUUCGGCCAAACUAAUAAAAAGUUUAUCUGAUGAGGGCUCUAGUUUGGUUGGUUUGAGAGAAUGCUUUGCAAAUGCUAAGCUGAAGCUGCUCUUUAAAACUGCAGUUUCUGAUAAUGCCCAGGCUGCUCUUCUUAGUAUGGUUCCAGUAGUAUCACCUGAUGGUCUACGUGUAUUGCAUGCCGAAUGCAUGGAUACAGUUAUAAAUGCUGCUGUGAGUUCCAAGCAGGAAGAAUGUCAAGAAGCAUUGCUGGCAGCACAUAAGUUGGUCCAUCUGAGUGGCUGUUCUGAUGAAAUGUUUGAAGCACUGACUAAUAUUCUGCAAUCUAAAGCCUCUUGUUUUUCUGAGAUCUAUGGACUAGAGCCUCCAUUGUGCCCUGUUGCAUCUUCAAAGAGGAAGAAAGGGAAGUCGCUUAAGAAAACACCAGCGAGGUCUGACGAUGUGGCUGGAAAUAAGUCAUCCACAUCAAUCUUGAAUAGUGAAGAACUUGCUGCUGUAGGGGGAGCAUCAUGGCAGAUAAAUGAAAUACUAAAAGCUGAAGAAAUGAGAGCUGCUUUUCUGCAAUCGUAUGCUGAAAUUGCAUUUUCUUCUCUGAAGGUCAUUUCUCAAGUGUACAUUGAGCAGUGCCUACAUUUUGAAUCUUUAGACCUGACGCCAGUGUUGGCCUAUUUGAGUUUGGCUACACAUAGCGCUCUUCAGGAUGUUGAUCAAACAGAUAUUGGCUGCUCUGAGUCGACAACUGUCAAUCAGUCACUGGAUCAUCUGCUGAAAUGUUAUGACAAAUUUGCAAAUGGAUCUUCCACCAGCUCAACAACAGCGUUGAACAAGAAUGAGAAAUCUGCACAACAUGAACAUCCGCAGCAUGGCACCCUUGGAGGUAUGCCUUCACCAAACGUUUAUCCUGUGCCUUCCUUUGUCGAUGAUUCUUCGGGUGCCCUUCCUGAAAGUGAUCGACUCCAGCGCAUGAGGGAUCGGAUCGCGCAGAUGGAGAAGGACAUGCGCAAUACUUAUGCCUUAGCUUCCAUUGUCAACAAGAAGAAUAAGCUUGCGGCUUACACUGAGCGCUACGCGCUCACUGAAUUGCACAAGGCCACCGAAAGUUUAAACUUUGCUGGCGUGUAG